AAAGAGAAAGUUUGUGAGCAAAGUUGAUUAUUAGAUUCUUACAUAGGCAGGGGCGUAGACUCAUCUGCGCCCACUUUAAAUCAGUUUUUGGAAUACCGAAAACUAAAAUCUAUGGAAAGAACAAAUUUUUCAUUGGGCAAGAAAAGAGGAAGCAAACAAGAGCAGCAGAAAGUACAGAUUAAUGUUGGUAUAAUGUGUCUACAGAGUGGUUGCUUAAAACCACAAAGAGGAAAAACACUCCCAUUACUCAUUGAUCCACAAGUAAAUGCAAAUGAUAUCCUUAUGAUGGCUGAAAAAAAAAUAAAAGACUUUAACAAAGACAUGGAGGAAGGACCCUACGUACUUCUCUACCCAGAUGGCUCCAAUGUCAUUAACAUUCCAGGGACAGCAAGGCCCUUUACACUGAAAGACUACAGAACAGAAAUUGGAAAGCCAUAUUCAAGAAUAAACUUGUUUAUUUGCAGAAAGAAGGACUUUGAAGGGGAAGAGGUUCUCAGUUCAGAAUCAGAAACAGAAGUUGUCAUAAGAACUCGGAAUACUGAGGUAUCUGACCUGGCAGAUACACUGCCAAUAAGACCCAGGCAUACAAGCACACCAGAAGAACGUAUUAAUAAUAAAAUUGAUGUGGAACCAUCGCCAGGAAGUGUUGUAGAGAUAAUGCUCUCAGAUUCAGAGGAUGACCGUCCAAGUAUUUCAGACCACGUUGCAAAAGAAAACCAAUGUUACAGAGAAUACAUGGACGUGUAUGCACCUGUGAUUACUGAAGAGGAUGAUGAGCUUGUAGCCACAGCACAAUGUCUUGACCUCCCAGAGCCAAUAGAGGUACAAGGCAGUUUAACAGCUCCUGACAUUAUUUCAAAUCUGGCUCUUGCCAUUGAUCGAAAACGUGUCAGCAGAUUUAACAUCAUAAGAUCCAAUGUGUGGGAUGGGGCAGUCAGAGGAUUUAAACGUGUCUCAUACUCAGAAUUCACUGACAUGUUUGUUAAGUUCUCUGAUGAUGCUGGCACAUUUGAAGAGGGUCUUGAUACAGGUGGACCAAGACGUGAACUUCUUACUUUGCUGAUGAGCUGCCUACAGUAUCGCCCCAUUUUUGAUGGACCUCCCAGUAGUCGUUACCUGGUAUACAAUUCAGUUGCUGUUAGGGAGGAUGAGUAUUUCUUGGCAGGAAAAAUGAUUGCUGUGUCAAUAGUUCAUGGAGGACCAGGGCCCCAUUUUCUUUCACAAGACCUGGUAAACCACAUUGUAAACCAAACCACUUUCAGUGCCACUUUGAAAGAUGUCACAGAUGAGGGUAUAGUGAAAGCGCUGCAAGAGAUUAAGAAUGCAGCCACUUUGGGGUCACUACAAGAACUGAUUUUAAAAAACAGCACCCUGCUUCAGACUGCUGGAUGUUUUCGACGUGUGAACAGUAUUGAGGAGAAACAUGAGAUUGUGGAAGAAUAUGUCAAGUGGUAUGUGAUUGACAGAAACCACAGUGUAAUUAAAAGAUUUAAAGAUGGACUUUCCACCCUAGAGUUUCUAACAGCACUCCAGAAGCAUCCCCAUGUUUUGACUCCUUUUCUUUACCACACUGAGAAGAAGCUGACAGCAUCUAAUUUGGAAGACCUAUUUAAACCAGAACUCAGCCCAGCAGGUAGCAACCAGAGGCAAAAAGAAUCCAAGACACUUUGCUUUUGGUCAGACUAUCUCCUCGACUGUGAAGAACACCAGACUGAAGUGUUACUGAAGGAUGUGCUGAUGUUUGCUACUGGCCUGACUUCACUUCCGCCUGCUGGACUCACACCACUCCCAUCCAUUGUGUUUCUUGCCAGUUCACCCUUUCCGAUGGCAAAUACAUGCACAAACACCCUCAAGUUACCACUUUUAGACACAUACAGUCUUUUUCAGAAACAGAUGGAUUUUGGAAUCCAAAAUUCUCCAGGUUUUGGAUGUAUUUAAAAAGCCUUGCUUUGUUGCACACUUAUUGCAUCAGUUUUACAUCAAGAGGAUCAUGGUCAUAAGACAAAAAAAAAAAACUUUUCCUUUUGGUUAGCUUUCUUUGACACUUGAUCUCACUUUUUAUUUUGUAUAAAAUUCUUUGCUUAUGAUUACAAGAAUUGCAAAGAGUUUUAUGCAGUCCAUGGAUGAGGUUAAAGUCAUUUUUACUCCACUUGUUUUAACCUGACAGCUACUCUUUCAACAGUGAGAGUUUUUAAUAACGCAUUAAUCCUGUCCAUAGGCAGGAUGAAACUCUUCAUAA